AUGAUGAACAUCCAUGGCAGAAAGCAGAACCUUUUGAUGUUUCCAUGGUUAGGCCAUGGCCACAUUUCUCCUUUCCUAGAACUCUCCAAAAAGCUAAGUAACACUAACCUUUUCAACAUCCACCUUUGUUCCACUCCUGCUAACCUAGAAUCCAUCAAAAAAACCCUAGGAAACAACUCCGAGAUUCGACUCAUCGACCUCCACCUUCCGCCGUUGCCGGAGCUCCCACCCCACCUUCACACCACCAAUGGCCUCCCUCUCUAUCUUAUGCCAUCUCUCAAACAAGCUUUUGAUAUGGCAAGUCCAACCUUUUCAAGAAUCUUGAAUACCCUUAAGCCCGAUUUGCUCAUUUACGACCUUAUUCAGCCGUGGGCGGCGGCUGCCGCUGCUGCCAUUGGGAUCCCUUCAGUGGUGUUCAUCACCACCAGCACCACCAUGGCUGCCACCAUGUUUCAUCUUUACUUGCAUUCCUCCACAGGCGUUGAGUUUCCAUUCUCCUCGAUUUACUUUCGUAGCUACGAGUGCGUUCACAUAUCCGAGAUUCUUGAAAGCUCGGCAAAUAACCGUAAAGAUAAAGACCGUGUUAUGGAGUGUGUCGACCGGUCUUCGAGUAUUGUCCUUGUUAAGUCGUUCAAGGAGGUCGAAGGUAAGUACGGGGAUUACCUUUCUCUUCUCACGGGUAAAAAAGUUGUACCCGUGGGUCCACUUGUUGUGGACCCGUUUCUUGAUACGAAACAGAACAGUACGAUCCAGUGGCUUGAUACAAAAGCCACUGGAUCUACCGUUUUUGUUUCAUUCGGAAGUGAAUAUUUUCUUUCGAGUGCCGAUAUCGAAGAAAUCGCAUAUGGGUUAGAGAUGAGUAAAGUUAACUUCAUUUGGGUCUUGAGGUUUCCAAAAGGGGAAAGAAAUAUUAGGGUUGAAGAAGCUUUGCCAUUAGGGUUUCUUGAAAAGGUAAGAAACAGGGGUUUAGUGGUUGAAGGAUGGGCCCCACAAACAAAAAUAUUAGGGCACAAAAGUGUAGGAGGUUUUGUGAGUCAUUGUGGAUGGAGUUCAGUAAUGGAAGCCAUGAAAUUUGGUGUUCCAAUAAUUGCAAUGCCAAUGCAUCUUGACCAGCCGGUCAACGCUCGGCUGGUGACGGAGGUUGGGGUCGGGGUGGAGGUGGUGAGGGAGGCGGAUGGGCGGUUGAGGCGGGAAAAGGUGGCGGCAGUGGUGAGACGAGUGGUGGUGAGUAAGUUAGGGGAAGGUGUGAGGAAAAAAGCCAAGAAAAUGAGUGGUGAUCUGAGGGUGAAAGGAGAGAAGGAGAUUGAUGGGGUGGUGGAGGAGCUAUUGCAACUUUGCGGUGGUGGCGGUGGCGGUGGCGGUGGCGAUGGCUGUGGCAUCGGCGGCAUCAGUGGUGGUGGUGUUGAAAAGAAGAAAAGUGGAGGGUUUGCAAUUGAUGGGGUGGUGGAGUUGUUGCAACUUUGCGGUGGUAGCGGAGGUGGUGGUGGUGAUGGCAGCGGCGGCGUUGUUGGUGGUGGUGGUGGCAGUGGAAGUUUUGCGGUGGAGAGUGAAGUUUGA